AUGCUCCCCACUCUUCAGAUCACGGGGCUGAUGCGUGCGCAAAAAAUCUUCUCAAUUUCCACGGGCAUCAAUGUGAACUCGCUGAGUAUUUCUUCUGACACAGAAUUUUACCUUUUCAUGGACAUGAGAGCCGAGAAAAAGUGGGCCUCGUUCAACAUGACUCCAUGCAAGUGGGUGGAGGCAGCCGAAGCAUACAACAGUCGUCUUGAAGCACUCAAUUCAGCAAAGGGCCUCCCUACCGUGUGGAAGACCCCCCGUGCACUCAUGGACAAGUUAGGCGAGCUUGAGCCAAAGAUUUUGAUUUGUAUUGCCUCGAAGGACUACACCUCAAAGCGUUCAAAUUCGGAGAUGUUCUGGAUGAAGCAUUACUUGGCGGUCACUCUGCUCAAGACUCCUGAGCAAGGCGAUGGGAAAUGGCGCAAGACGCAUACCUGCACACGAUGCAAGAGAAUAAUGUGGCCUGCUCAGGAAGGCUCGCGCGAGAAUCAUCGCAAGUCCUACUGCACGGAUGGUGUCAGACAGACAGCUCGGAAGGUCCAGCGGCUUGUUGAUGGCAAGACCGAGUCCAUCAUGGAGGAGCCUCCCAACUUCCCGCAGCCGCAGGGCAUCUUCAUGACUGGAACACACUUUCACCCUGUGAUCUUCUUGAAGACGAUCGAAGACAUGUACGAGCAGCUUGUCGUGCAAGGUGGAAAUGGUGGGGCCUUGUCAAUGGAGUUCACCGCAUUCACCACCCUGCUGGAGAAACGUCUCAAGAUCCACUCGGAUGGGAUGGCCCUUUUCGAGCUCUAUAGCUCCCUGGAGGUCGCAUCCACAUCGUCUGUCGCCAAAGCCAUCGUCGAGUGCAACGAGGUCAAAUAUCUUCAUGUUGACUGCUUAUGCGAUGAGCCGGAGACCCGCAAUGCAUGA